CUUCUGCUUAUCUCUUUGCAGAAUUCCCACGAUUUGAAAAGUACUCUCAGCAUCUUGCAAAUUCUGGAUGCACUACUGUCAGCAGGUACAGUCAAACGGAUCAGUUACCUGAUUACUAAGGGAGGCAGUGAGGCAUUGCUCCACACACUGGUGAAUGUAACUAAAGAACUUCCUCUGGAUUAUAAGGUCAUCUUGCCUUUAAUGCAAUUAAUUGUCAAAGUUGGACAAAGAGAUCAUAUGUUUGGACACAAAGCUCAAGAAGUUGGAGCCUUAAAUGAGGUCUUGAACUUGAUGAAGUGCAGCCUACCCCGAGCCAAGUAUGUCACUCCCUGUUUGUGGACUAUCAAGAUCUGUGCUUCCAGUGUAACGGUUGGUGCUGCGAUGGGUAAAAGUGGAAUCAUAAGAUUCGUGUUUAACCUGCUUUCCCCAUACACGACUCGGAAAACAAAGGCUAUUAGAGCUGCCACAGAAGCUCUUUCAGCCUUACUGAAAUCGAAAUGGAAUAGCAGACAAGCUGUGGACAAUGGGUACAUCCACAGGCUCUUGAAACUAUAUGAAGACUGGCAUCAGAGAGACACAAAAAUCAAGUACUUUGCGAUCCAGGCAGCCCUGCUCAAGUGCAUCAAAAACAUCACCAACCUCCAGAAGGGGAAGGAAGCUUUUUUAGAAGCCGAUGGGAUGAGAGUCUUGCUUAAAACCUCACAGGCUUGUAGCUCUAGCCCAGACCUACUCCCUGUCAUAAAGAUGGCUACACAAAUUAUGCGCAAGUGCUAUCCAAAACAACAUUUGCCUUUACUCUCACUUCGAAGCUGCUAUUCAUUUGCCUUACCAAAUGCAGCCCCCUCCCAGGAGCCAGAGGGUCCCAGUGAUACUCUCAGAGAGUUUGUCGCAGCUGAAGAAAAUGACGAGCAGGAUGAUGAAGAUGAGAUUGAAGAACCUGGCUGCAGUGAAGAAGAAGAUGAUCUAGAGACAGAUCUAUCCAGACUGAAGCCAAGUUCUGAACUUGACAGACCUGUGGAGGAGUUGAAACAGUACCAAAGGCUUUGCCCAGAACUUUAUGAGUAUUUUCGGGAUUCAGACUCAGAAGACCUAAACCUCAGUCAGGACAACGCGUCGUGCUCUACGUCCUUCACAGCCCUGCAUCAGAAGGAUUCCAGAGAGUGGGGCCAGGACGGCACUGGGGAGGAUUCGCUGAGGCAACACAACUCGUUUAGGAGCAGAAGAACCCCUCAGAAAUCUCUGUCUCCAUCUGGCAAUGGCGGGGAGAGUGGAUCCAGAGGACUGCCGAGGAAUCACUACACACACCCUGCUAAAUCGGGCAGAAUGAACCAUUCGAAAGAUAAAAUGAGCCAACUCCAUUUGAAUAUACAGAGGGGUGGUGUAGAUCUUUCUAGAAUAAACACAGAUUUACAGAACACUGAAGCUCUGAGUACUGCUGGUGAUGAAUAUGCCGGAUCCUUCGAUCCUAGCUGGGCCACUGGUGGCGAACAUGAGAAUGAGAACACUGCAAGUAAGCUUUUAAAAAUGUGUAAAGAAAUAACACCCUACCACGACCCGUAUAUUUAUACCAUCAAAGCAGAGGAAACCAAAUCAGCAAGUGAUUAUAAAACCCUGGCAUUUCCAGAUUACUGGGGUCAUACACCACCCCGCUAUCAGGAGCCUCUGAUGGGUCAGUGGUAUGGAGGUCAAAGGGCUAAAAUAUUUGAAGAUAUUCAGCGUUUAGUCAACUCUGGGGAUGUUCUGAACAGGGUCGUUUUUGACACUGAGAGUCCUUCAUUGGUUACAUCAGGAGAUGACACUUCUCUAAACUUCUUCUCAAACUUUGAGUCAGGAAAUCUUCGAAAAGCUAUUCAAAUUCGCAAAUACGAAUAUGAUCUGAUAAUGAAUGCUGACAUUAACACAAACCUUCAACACCAGUGGUUCUACUUUGAGAUCAGUGGCAUGAGAGCUGGAAUCCCAUAUCGCUUCAACAUUAUCAACUUUGAGAAAACAAACAGCCAGUUCAACUACGGGAUGCAGCCAGUGAUGUAUUCCAUCCAUGAAGCAUUGUGUGGAAGAGCUCAUUGGCUUCGUGUAGGUUCUGAUAUCUACUAUUACAAAAAUCAUUAUUAUACUCAUGGAUCAGAGGAAAAAGGACAAAAAGAAACAGAGUUUUACACUUUGACCUUCACUGUCACGUUCCAGCACUCAAAGGAUAUCUGCUACCUAGCAUAUCACUAUCCCUACACCUACUCAACGUUAAUGACUCACCUGCACCUUCUUGAGCAGUCAGUCAAUCCUGAUCAGGUUUACUUCAGGCAGCAGGUAUUGUGCUCCACACUAGGAGGCAACAACUGUCCAGUGAUCACGAUUACUGCAAGCCCGGGGGCCCAGCCUGAGCAGCUGGAAGAAUUUCGGAAUCGCCAGUACAUAGUCCUGACAGCACGGGUCCAUCCUGGAGAGAGCAAUGCGAGCUGGGUUAUGAAAGGGACCCUGGAAUUUCUCAUAAGCAACAACCCCAUUGCCUGCUGCCUACGAGAUACCUACAUCUUCAAAAUCAUUCCUAUGCUGAACCCAGAUGGUGUUAUCAAUGGCUGCCAUCGUUGUUCUUUGAGCGGAGAGGAUCUGAACAGACAAUGGUCUGAGCCAAGUCCUGACCUGCACCCAACAAUUUAUCACACAAAAGGGCUUCUCAGCUACAUGAAGAGCAUUGGAAGAACCCCACUGGUUUUCUGUGACUACCAUGGGCACUCAAGGAAGAAAAACGUUUUCAUGUAUGGUUGCAGUCUUAAGGAGACACUGUGGCAAUCGAAGUCCAGCAUUGACACAGCAACUCUGAAAGAAGACAUUGGCUAUCGAGACAUUCCCAGAGUUCUGGACAAGUGUUGCCCCACAUUUACCAUCAGUCGCUGCUGCUUCUUGGUACAGAAGUCACGGGAAGCCACGGCCCGGGUGGUGGUUUGGAGAGAGAUUGGGAUACUCCGAAGCUACACCAUGGAGAGCACGUUUUGCGGCUGUGAUCAGGGCAAGUACAAUGGUCUCCAGAUCAGGACCAGCGAGCUAGAAGAAUUGGGAGCCAAAUUCUGCACAGCGCUCUUGAAGCUGAAGAAAGAUGCAAUGCUGCAUAGCGCACAGCUGGUAUUUCCAGAUACUGUGUUAUUUGAUUUGGAUAAUCAGCUCCACAAUGAUAAAAACAUGUCACACAGUGAUGUGUUUAUAGACGAUGAGCCCCCAUGCCCAGAGGAGAUAGAUUAUUACUCUGACAACUGCACUGAGGACAACGAUGAUCCCAUCGACCUAACCGCUGAGGCUGACGAGAGCUCUGAGGAUGAACUUUGUUGCUGAGUUGUGAUGCGUGUUAUAGAAGCUGCGUAAGGUGGCUAACAUUGCGGGAAGAUCAAAGCCAUUCCUUACCAUAGCGAAUGGGAACUGAGCAAAAGCUUUGUGAAUACAGCUUGUACCUCUCCCUUUUGAGACAAGCUAAGCUGUAUCUGCGUCAACUGCCUCGCCUGUGCAGUGUUGCUCAGCCUUUCGUCACUCUUGAAGUUCUAAUUCUUGUAUCCUGCUUAUUCCCAUGUCAUAGCUGAAAGUAAAAACCCAACAAAUCUCUGGUGGGUUGCAAGUCCUGCAUUCCCAGAGAACCUCCCAGUGUCAGAGAAUGGACCGUAUCUCGGCAUUUGCAUGGACGCACCUUCAAUGACUGAACUCAACCAGGGUGGAUGCUGUUCACCUCAGUUAAGGUUGACAAGUGAAUAAUAGUCUCGAACAUCAAGGAUAAGACUUAGAAUAUAGAACACUACUGCACAAUGCAGGCCCUUUGGCCCAUGAUGUUGUGCCAACCUUUUAACCUGCACUAAAAUCAACUUAACACUUCCCUUUUACAUAGCCCUCUAUUUUUCUAUCAUCCAUAUGCCUAUCUAAGAGUUUCUUAAAUGUCUCUAAUGUAUCUGCCUCUACAAUGACCCCUGCAGGGUGUUCAUUCAUUGAGUAAAGAAUUUAUUCUAUCUCCAACGUCCCUCUAUACUUUUCGCCAAUCAUCUUAAAAUUAUGCCCCACUUGUAUGGCUAUGUAUGUGACUCAUGUCUCUUAUCAUCUUGUGCAUCUCUAUCAACUCACGUCUCAUCCUCCUUCCCUCCAAAGACAAAAGUCCUAGGUCGCACAUACUAUCAUCAUAAGAUGUGCUCUCUAAUCCAGGUAGCAUCCUAAAAAAUCUCCCUGGCGCCGUCUCUAAAGCUUCUACAUCCUUCCUAUAAUGAGGCGACCAGAACUGAACAAAAUACUCCACUUCUCUUCUCUUGUGCCUGCUGGGUAGCAGACUCAUACCCUGCCUGAGCCCUCCAUUUAGUCUCACUAACAGGAUCCUAUUCCAGUGCUUUGACAGAUUCAUGGACUUGAACUUAAGUAGGACCAGCAGGAGAAGCCCAUUUGCCCCCUGAAACUACUUGGCCAUUCAAUAAAAUUUGACUGCUAUCCUCAGCACCAACUUCUUCCUUGUUCCCUAUAACAUAAAACCUCCCCAAAACCCAAAACCUGUCUUUAUCUCUGAAAGCAGUUACUCAUUCAUUGACUCAUCAUCUGCAGCCCUUGGAGAGUGAAUCCCAAAGAAUCACCAGAAACAAAGAUUCCUCAUCUAUAUCCAAACUGGGCAAAUCCUUAUGUGUCUCUCCAGAGCCAGUUACGUCCACAAUGGAAAACAUGCUCUGAGUGCCUCAGGGUCCCCUUGACCUGGCUCUGAUACCCUCCAAAUUUAUGGACAAUUACAUGAGCAUCACUGCAGCAUUGACACAAGCAUCAAGAUCAUCAACAAAUUAUAGUUGUCUUGGCAAACUUCUGCAAUUUUGAAGAUGAAUCUGUUGUAAAUUGUAGGGCCACAGGAUAUAAGAUGGGUCAUAGUGAAAGUAUAAAAAUAAUCGCAAGCUGCGUGAUUGGUGAUCUGUUUAGGUAAUUAUUUGUCAGCUUGGUUUUCAAUAAAUCCUUAGCAAUACAAUACAGAACAGACUCUUCAACCAACUGAGAUGAUGACCAGCCGAUAGUAAUCUGAGAAAGAAGUCCACAGUCAGUGGAUUACAGCUGGUGUGGGCACAAAUUGUGUUACCUCCAUAGUGUGGUUCCUAUGCUGAAUAUUAAAUAUUAUUUACCAGUG